AUUUCCAUGUUAAACAGGCCAAGAUGAGAAAGCUAUCUGCCUCAGCCAAAAGAAAUCCUCCGUCACCACACGUCAGAUGACCCCAAAGAAAAGAACCAUGCCUGGUAGGACAGCUAAGACACCUCAGAAGGGCGUGGGUUCAACGCCCAAGAGGGGCGCCAGCACUCCCAGGUUGCGAAAGAAAAGGGCGCUGACAUCAACUUCAGGGGGACUUACUCCGAAAAGACCUAAGCGGUCCACUCCUGUAAAAUCGACCAAGCCAGAGGAGAUGACCUCUCCUCGUAGGUCAGCCAGGAAGCUUGCCAAGGAUCAUCAUCCUACCACCACUUUCACUUCUCCAUCUACCUCCACCUCCAAUCAACCAUCUUCCUCAUCAUCAGCAGCAGCAUCAUCAACGCCGUCCAAGAAAACUCAGAAGCCAACCAAAGACUCGGUCAAGAGCGCAGAGUCCCAGAGAGCAAGGACUGCUUCAGAGUCAAGAUCAGAGAAGCAUAAAAGGAAAUUGCGUUCCAUUGUGGAGGAGACACUUGCAGCCAAGGGGAUUGAUUCCACUCAUGUUUGCUUCAAGCCUUGCGUUACGAGACUCUACAACCAAACUAAGAUGUUUGUGAAGGAUCUGAAGUCCUCUAAGGGCCUCUAUGAUGAGAUGAGGAAGAUUGCCGAGGCCAACGCUGACUUUGUCAUCUCCUUCGAGCAGAAUAGAGCAGCAUCUAAGUCUUAAUAGAUGUCUUACUCCGAGAUCAAGUAAAGCAUACUGGGAUUCACUUCUGUGUAAUGCAGAGAGUAAAGAAGCAACAAGAAACGGGUUAUUUCAUGCAAUGUUUGAAUCUUUCAGACUCUCUGUUAACCUUUUGUGCAGAGUGUACAUGCAGUGGGAUAGCUACAGGGUGGCCUACAGAUGUCCCCCCCCCCCAUUAAAUAAUAAUAACAUAGCCAUCCCAGGGGGUGCUCAAGCCAUCUGUAAAGUACUAUUAUGGUUCAAAUGGUUCAAAAGCAUAGAAAGAAGAAGGGGGAGAGAAAAGGAGGGAGAGGGAAAGGGGAAAGAGAAGAUGAUAGGAACCCUUCAUACACUGUUUGGUGGCCCUUUUGAUUAGUAUUUCAUCCACCUUGUAAAACCAAUGACCCCUCCCUCCCCCCCCCCCCCCCCCCUCAACGGUCCAAGGCUCCUUUUUUGUCCGGACUCGCACCUCACGGUGUUCGUGUACUUCUCCUCGUCAUCAAAUCUAGGGUGAUGCCUUGUAUGUGAUAUUGGACAUGCAGACAUUUCCUUAAGUACUAAACGUACAAAGGGAGGAUCAAAAGUUAUUUUGUAGUCAAUGCUACUUUGAAGAACUUCAUCAAUGGUCUUUAAUAAAAAAAUAUACGUUUUCUAUGAAAUUGAAUAUUUUCAUGAUUAAUGAAUUGAAUAGACAAAAGGCCCCUAUUUAUAAGAAACACGUUUCACUGAAUCAUCCUUGUUCCAUAAACAGUCAAUUUUGUAUAAUCGUUCCUAGACAUUUACUGCAGAAUGAACUUCCCUUGUAUUUAUUUUUUCAGUUGGAGAACUGUUCUUUCAAACAUUCAUAGUGUUUUUACCUGAAUGAUAAUGCACCCAACCUCUACUUCUGGCUAAUAGGCCCCCAAAAUGGUUCACUACAAUUUGGAGUUGAUGUAACGAACGCAAGGCUUCCUACAGAAAUUAUGCUUUCCUUUUGGGAGAGGUCCUCCCCCUCCCCCACGCCUCUUUCCCCUUUUCUGGGUAUACCUCUGUAUGAUAGGUACUGCAGGUAAAUUUACACAGAACUUCUAACCUUUAAUUGAACAUGAAUAUAUUCAAGAGUAUUUUCACCUGUGAUUUUGAACAUUGAGAUACAGGGCCUUUAAGUUUGUUUUUGUAAACUUUUUGUAAACUGUUUUGAUUAGUAACAUUUUGAAAAUGGCUGAAGCCAGAUAUGGUGUCAUGGGCUAUCUGACAUUUCUUCUGAGGUUUACCAGUUUGACAUUGUUGGUCUCGUGGGUUAUCGGUCUACUGGGCUGGGUCGUUUGAAACAAUGCUUGGCUAAGAUUUAGAUGAGAGAUUUGGUACAUGUUUCCUGAGAAUGGCUAUUCAUUACAUUUUGAUUUACUUUAUUCAUAUGAAAUAACAAGUUAUUAUAGUUUAGCACUUUAAUAACUAAAAAUCAUGUGGAUGCCCGUAAAGAAGGAGCAAAAUUGACCAAUCCUAUGAAGUGGAUUUUUGUUAUCUGUAAUCUCUAAAAAAUAAAAAAAAAUUGUAAAGAGAUCCUUGAUAUAGAUUUGUGUUGAGAAAAAUAUUAAUAAAAAGCAUGAAUUUUAACAAAA